AUGCUCGGUCGUCUAAAGGUUGGCCGGCACGACCGGCGAAACAGCAGCCGUACAAAAGGCCGUUGCGAGGCUGGGACAAGGGAACAGGGGGACUGGGGCUGUGGGGUGGAGACUAAAGAGGUCGACGACACGAGGAGAGACAAACGAACGCCAUGCUGGCCUGUCGACCGCCAAGAAGUCGACAAUCGCGAGGACAGCCUGGCACCGGGAGAUGUUUCUCUAAAGUCCUCUCAGCAUGCCGACAUUCCCACCCGUUCACGCACACACAGGCUCGCGCGCAGAUCCGGCCAAGAUGUAAUGAGGAAACAGACUGACCAACAGACCAACAGACCGACCGAUCGACAGACGGAACUAUGGAUCGAGUCUCCUUCAGAAGAAGGCAAACUUUUGAAGUUGACUCUUCCCAUAGCCUCAUCGCCCAUUAUCCAUCACGCAAUCAUCAGUCCUCCACUCCCCUUCUCACGACCGGGGUUAUUCGCUACAACAAACUUCGCCAUCAAUAGACGUAUCAACUGCAAGCGGCCAUUGAGCUCACACUUCGGGCACGACGACGGUGAGUGGGAAGACGGGAAACAUGGUCAGUCGGUUGGCCAAAUUGAAAGCCAGCUUUCGUGGCGAUUCCCCGACUCCUCCAUCUUGCGCCUCUCAGUCUCUUCACAUUCUCGAAUGCUAGUUUGCUGGUUGACUCUUUUUUUCUCUUCGAUUUGUCCAUUCAACGGCACAUUUCCUCUUUCCUUGUUUCUCGAUUUCCUCGCUUCCUUUGCUUCAUCAGUUCCUCUAGUCCUCAAUUCCUCAUUUUCCCGUUCAUUUGUCUCCUCAUUCGCUCAAAUCCUGGCCAGGCUUGGGCUGGCCAAAUUGACUGUUCACUUUGCGUCCGAAAUCCUGUUGUCGGUUGGGAGAAGGGAAGAGGGGGCACUUUACGGGCAACGAUGCCUGUGCACUAGCCACCAUGUCGUUGUCCAACUCGACGCUGGGUUCCUGUACUAUGAAUUUGUGAGAGCUCAGCAUUGA